AACCCCGCUGUUUCUCCCCCCAUGGCGCUCCCCGCUCGCUGAGCCCCGCGAUGCUCCGCGCCCCUCGGGCUGCGGCGCCGGGGUGGUCGCUCCUCCUUCCUCCCCCUCCUCCUCCUCCUCCCGCUGCUGCUCGGAGCCGCUGAUCCCGCUCCGAGCCGAGCCGAGCCGAGCCGAGCCGCGAUAACAACAUCCCGGGAUAAGGAGCCCGGAGGCGCCGGGAUGGAGCGGGAAUGGCCGCGGGGCAAAGCGCGCCUGCCCUCGCUGCUGCUGGCGCUGCUGGGGCUCGGCCCAGAGCUGCUCUUUGGGCAGUCGCGGUCCCCGCCGCGGCAGGUGAACGGCGUCCUGGGCGGCUCCGUGCUGCUGUCCCCGUGGCUGCUGCCCAACCAGACGGUGAAGGAGAUCGAGUGGAGCUUCUCGGGGGGUUCCGGCGCCACCAUCCAGGUGGCCGAGGUGGGCCCGGCGGGGCUGGAGCGGCCGGACCCGCGCGACCGCUUCGGGCGGCGCCUGGAGCUGGUGAACGGCACCGCGCUGCGGCUGCGGGCGCUGCAGAGGGGCGACAGCGGCGUCUUCGGGGCCAGGAUCAAGCUGCAGCCCGCCCUGGUGGAUGACCAGACCUUCAACCUGUCCGUCUACGAGGCCGUGCCCAGCCCCCGCACCCGCAGCCAGCUCCUGGCCAGCACGCUCGAGUGGUGCAACCUGACCCUGCAGUGCCAGGGCAGCGGGCGCGGCGCCGUCAACGUCACCUGGCGGCGCGACAGCCUCACCUGGGGCCACCUGGGGCCCGGGCGCCACCAGCUGUCCCCCGACGGCACCACCCUGAGGGUGGCGCUGCCGCCCGCCGCCACCAACGUCACCUACGCGUGCACCGUCAGCAACCCCGCGGACCAGAAGGUGGCCGUGUUCGACCUGCAGAGCCUGUGCCAGGGCGGAGGGGGUCCCUCGGCGUUCUCCACCUCGGGCUAUGUGGUGCUGUCCCUCAUCCUGGUGGCCGUGAGCCUCGGCGGCGCCUUCUGGUGCUGGAGGGUCAACAGCGAGAAGGCGGCCGAGGCAGCCGCCACGCCCACGGCGCCGCCCGAGGAGAGCCCGGCGGAGGCGCCGCCCUUCAGCGACAUCGUCUGCAGGAGCCCCCCCGAGGGCAACGACCAGAAACCUCAGGGGCCCCCCGUUGUCGCCCCGCAGGGCCCCAGCCCCCCCGAGGCCCCGCAGGAGCCCAGCGAACCCCAAAAACCCAAACCCGAGGCCCCGAAGGAACCCAGCGAACCCCAAAAACCCGAGGCCCCAGAGGAACCCAGCGCACCCCAAAAACCCGAGGCCCCAGAGGAACCCAGCGCACCCCAAAAACCCAAACCCGAGGCCCCGAAAUCGCCCCCGGGGGGCACCGAGCAGAAAGGGCCCGAGGACACGGCCGAGGAGGUGACAUAGGGCCAGGGCCCCCAGCGCCGGCACCCCUGGAAGGGCUGAGAGCGUCGUGUGCCAAACCCCGACCCCAAAACACCCACCAUGGACGGAUUCCCCCGAUUCUGACCCCAAAACCCGCGGGGCCGACCCCCAUUCCAUCCCUGAGACUGUUCUGGGGAGGGGGCUCCAAGCCCGGGGGGGUCCCUGGGGGGUUUUGGGGGUCCCUGGGUGCUCCCCGCAUGUUUUGGGGUGGGACAAUCCCCUGACCCCACAACUGGACGGAUUUCCUCUUUUCUGACCCCAAAACCCUCAGGUUUGUCCCCAAUUCCAUCCCUGGGGCUGUGCUGGGGAGGGGGAUCCCAAUCAGGGCUGGUGGAGCCUGAAUUUGGGGGGUCCCCGGGGCGUUUUGGGGUCCCCGCAUGUUUUGGGGUGGGAGGAUCCCCCUGACCCCACAACUGGACAGAUUUCCCUAUUUCUGACCCCAAAAUCCUCGGGUUUGACCCCAAUUCCCUGCCUGGGGCUGUGCUGGGGAGGGGGGACACAAGAUGGAGGUCCCAGAUGGAUUUUUGGGGGGGGUCCCAGAGGGGUUUUUGGGGGGUCCCCGGGGGGAUUUGGGGUGGGAGGAUCCCCCUGACCCCACAACUGGACAGAUUUCCCUAUUUCUGACCCCAAAAUCUCCGGGUUUGUCCCCAGUUCCCUGCCUGGGGCUGUGCUGGGGAGGGACACUGGGGACACCUGGGGGACCCCAAAACCCGGGAGGGACAUUGGGGACCCCCCCCCCCCACCCCCCACACCCGCCGUGUAAAUAUCAGCAAAUAAAUGUUGGUGACGUU